UUCACUGCGGGGGAGACGAGACGAGAAGAGACGAGUCUUGUGUGUUAAGCAACAUAUAUACACACAGUACAAGUACAACACCACAACUCCCUCCUCUAGCCGUCCACCCUUAAAAGACCAAACGGCAGACGCAUCGUCUGCCCCCACGUUUCCUCGCCAUUAUAUAAUACUAUUAAUAUUCUAUCGAGGUUAUCAUAGCAAGAAAUUGGGGAGGACCCAACAUAACCAGACGAGAUUCCAAGAAAAUUCGCACCGAAUUGUUACUGGGGUUACGCAAUCCGAACCUUCCUUUCGUCAAUCAGGUUUUGCCCUUGUGGAGGAAAAGGGGAAUUUGUCUCAGAACAGUAAUUAGCUUUCGAUUUUUACUAGUUCUUGCGGGGAUUGGUGUUUCGAAAUUGAAGUGGGUGGAGGACGAUGUUCUGAUUAAGGUGCCCGGGUUAUGGACUGGUUGCCUUCGUAUUCUGUCAGUGUGUGUGAGUGAUGUUCAGAGGGCAAAAAGGCGUUCAUGCUCGCGACAUAUUCAAGUGGAAAUGGAGUAGCUCGCCAUCUCUGACGACUGGGCUGCUUGAUGAUCAACCUCAUGAAAUUGAAUUGUCUGAUUACCAUCAAGCUCCAAGCCAUGGUAGUGAAAGCCCUUCAGGUCUCCUUGAUGGUGAAACUUUGAAUUCCGAGCCAAUUGAUGAUCUGGAUCUGUUUUUCGAGAGGGUUUACACCUAUUACUGUGCAAAAGGCCUUUGGUGCAUAAUUUUCAAGUGGAUAUUUGAGCUACUAACCUUGGCUUUUACUAUAUGCUUUUCUGGAUUUUUUUUGCUCUUCGUCGACUGGUAUGGCCUCCGACAUGCAAAAUGUGGCAUGGACGCUGUGGAAUCUGGGAUCAAACCGUGCGAUUUAUCUCAGGAAGCAUUACAUAAGCAUCCAUUGACACCAUUUACUCUCACCAAAGGCAUAAUUGUAGGAUAUUUGGGAAUCUUUUCGAUCUAUUGGAUUUUCUGCUUUCUAAGGUUCUUUGCACAGUUAAAGGAGACUCUUAAGAUCCGUAAAUUUUACUACAACAGUCUCUGUGUGACGGACAAUGAGAUACAGACGAUGCCAUGGUCAUUAAUUCUUGAAAAAGUUGUUCAAGUGCAACAUUUUCAACAGCUAUGUGUUGUCAAGGAUCUCUCUGCUCAUGAUGUGGUCAUGAGAUUGAUGAGAAAAGAGAAUUACUUGAUUGGGAUGCUGAAUAAAGGGGUGCUUGCCUUCCCUAUAUCUUGGUGGGUGCCUGGUGCUGUUAUAACUACAAAUGUUGGUCCCGACGGCGUUCAACGACGCCUCGUGUUGCCAAAGAUUCUUGAAUGGACCUUGAAUUGGUGCAUACUGCAGAGCAUGUUUGACAGAAACUUCCGGGUCCGGAUAGAUUUUGUCUCUGAUCCUAAAACUUUGAAGAAAACUCUUAUGAUUGUGGGGCUGGCACUGCUUCUACUCUCACCGUUUCUUGUUAUUUUCAUGCUGGUAUAUCUCUUUUUGAGGCAUGCCGAGCAAUUUUAUAAUCAUCCAAGCAUGGCAUCCUCCCGCAGAUGGUCAAACCUCUCGAAGUGGAUCUUCAGGGAAUUCAAUGAGGUUGAACAUUUGUUCAGGCACCGAAUGAAUAGCAGCGUUGAACAUGCUUCUGGUUAUCUAAAACAGUUCCCGUCGCCUAUUCUGACUAUUGUUGCAAAGUUCAUUUCUUUCGUUUCUGGAGGUUUUGCUGCCGUACUUAUAAUCAUUGCGUUUCUAGAGGAAUCACUACUGGAAGGCCAUAUAUUUGGUCGAAACUUAUUCUGGUAUGCUGCAGUUUUUGGAGCAAUAACAGCUAUUAGUCGAGCUGUAAUGAUAGAUGAGCUUCUGGUCUUCGACCCACAGGGGCAAAUGUCUCUCGUUGUACAACAGACGCACUAUAUGCCAAAACGUUGGCGUGGGAGGGAGAACACCGAGGCUGUGCGCAGUGAAUUUGAGACUCUAUUUCAGUACACCGGAGUUAUGUUGUUGGAGGAGAUGGCAUCAAUCUUUCUUACGCCAUUCCUACUCCUAUUUGUUGUCCCUAAGCGGGUGGAUGACAUCUUGCAGUUCAUUAAGGAUUUCACCGCAGAUGUUGAAGGUGUCGGCCACGUUUGUAGUUUUAGCCUCUUCGACUUCGAAAACCACGGCAACAGAAAGUAUGGAUCGCCGUCUGAUUUACCUCCCGAUCGGAGGAGUUCGCAGGGCAAAAUGGAAAAGUCGUUCUUGAGCUUUCAUAUCGCGUAUCCGUCGUGGGAACCCAACGCCGACGGGCAGCGAUUCCUCGACUCGCUGAAAGUAUUUCGGGAUCAGAAACUGCAACGGCUCGGAAUGCCGAUACCCCGUGCGACAUCCGGGACGCAGCGUCACAGUCCGAAUCUAAACAGCUUCUUGAUGCUGCGGAACAGCAACAACUUCGAAUACUUUCAUAUGUUGGAUUCAAUGUGGCUGAUCAACGGCGAGCAGAGGAACUGCCCGUACAUUCUUGACUGGUAUUACACGUCGAAUAAUCACGACAGAGGCGACGAUCCGCGGCACGCGGCAUCGACAAACCACGGCGAGGACACGGAGGACAUGUGGGUCCCUUCCAACUUGCCGAGACACGACGCGGCGUACGACUACGACAAAUGGGACGACACCAUGUUCGAUGACCGAGUACGGUCACGACUUGAGGAAUCUACGGCCGCUCCUCUUUUCCGGGAAAGCGUUCUGCAGCACCACGACGGAAUUGACUCCGUACGCCCUGUGAAGAGCGAGUGGUGGGCAAGGACACGGCACCGCGCUCCCAAUCAAGAAACGAGCUUCCUCGAGCCACCAAAUUUCUUCCGCGAACCCACCCCGGAGUCCAACGACCAUUUCUCCGACAGAAGCCUGGAGGAUCGGCAACUACCGUUCGACGAUUGGAGAAACUCCCGGGCCUUGUCCCGGACUUUCUACAUGGACGAAACGGAUGGCGGCGAUUUCAACCUCCCGUUCGACGACAUCUACCAGAGUCCCCCGGGGAGCGUUGCGGGUGAUGCAAAUACUCCAGCCGAUCGAUCGUUUUCGUCGCGGCGGUGACGGUAACAUUUUCGGGUUUUUAAGGACUAUUCUUCUAUGAACCUCAACCAUGGCAUGAGAAAAAAGAAUGGAAAAUUCUUUGCUGUACAACAUAUCAUCUGUGUACAUAAUUGAAUCCUAAAACCUUUCCCUCACCUUCGUUUUCGAUGAUUUCUAAAUUCUCACACGAAAAAAAAAAAAAAAAAAAAAGGAAAAA